GCAACGAGAGGCGGCUCAAGUGACACAGCCAGCUGACUCCGGUAGAGGAAGACGCUGUGGCUGGGGCUGUUGCAGCCACUCUAGCCCGGCCGGGGACCGAGCCGCACGGUCAUCGUCAGAAUGUCGGGCAAAGACCGAAUUGAAAUCUUUCCGUCACGAAUGGCACAGACCAUCAUGAAGGCUCGGUUAAAAGGAGCACAGACAGGUCGAAACCUCCUGAAGAAAAAAUCUGAUGCCUUAACUCUUCGAUUUCGACAGAUCCUAAAGAAGAUAAUAGAGACUAAAAUGUUAAUGGGUGAGGUGAUGAGAGAAGCUGCCUUUUCACUCGCUGAGGCCAAAUUCACAGCCGGGGACUUUAGCACCACAGUUAUCCAAAAUGUAAAUAAAGCCCAAGUGAAGAUUCGAGCGAAGAAAGAUAAUGUAGCAGGUGUUACUUUGCCAGUAUUUGAACAUUACCAUGAGGGAACUGACAGUUAUGAACUAACUGGUUUAGCCAGAGGUGGGGAACAACUGGCUAAAUUAAAGAGGAAUUAUGCCAAAGCAGUGGAACUACUGGUAGAACUAGCUUCGCUGCAGACUUCCUUUGUUACUUUGGAUGAAGCUAUUAAGAUAACCAACAGGCGUGUCAAUGCCAUUGAACAUGUCAUCAUUCCCCGGAUUGAACGUACGCUUGCCUAUAUCAUCACAGAGCUGGAUGAGAGAGAGCGAGAAGAGUUCUAUAGGUUAAAGAAAAUACAGGAGAAGAAAAAGAUUCUCAAGGAAAAAUCGGAAAAGGACUUGGAGCAGCGGAGGGCAGCUGGAGAGGUGAUGGAGCCUGCUAAUCUUCUGGCUGAAGAGAAGGAUGAGGAUCUUCUGUUUGAAUAAUCUUGCCUGCUCUGGUUCUUUCAGAAGCCCUAACAUGGCACCAUUUUAAUUCACAGUGUGUAGGUUUGGUAUGUGAGGCUAUUUAUUUUUUUGGCUUAAGAAUUUCACUGGUUGUAAAAUUUCCCUGGAUGUCUGUCUAUGGGAUUGCCUUUGCAAAAUCAUAAUUCAGCAACCAUUUAUCACAGAAAAGAUUUGUAGAACCUACCCAAGAACUUAAAAAAUUUAUUUUGUAGACGUGUCACCCUACUCCCUUUACAUCUGUUACAAGUGAUGUGCUUACCAAGCAUAUUAGGAAAGCCCCAUUAGGAAAUGGCAGUAGUCUCAGGCCAGCACAUGGAGGCCAACUACUGCUGGAGCCCCUUUGUUCCUGCCCACUCGCACUCCUUGGCACUGUUACCUGAGAUUCUGCAGCCAUUCCUGUGUUCCUGUGGUACUUCUCUCCUCAAGCUUCAUGAAAACCUUCACUUAUUUUUCCAUGCAUGACAGGUCUCUGUCCUGUCUAUCAUGGGAGCAGUUCUGCCAAUUUAAAUGUGACUAUGGUAUAAACAGUAAAAUGAUUUAAAAAUGAA